GCUCUAUGGGACGUUUGGUUCGUUGUCAGGAAGUAGAUGCUGUGUUCACCGGAAGUAAUUGGUGGAGACUCUUUUGACAGUUUCUUUAGCUGUAAAAGCCAGACUCUCUCCUAUUCACGUUUGGCGGCUUAUUGUAAUCGCUCAGAUCCCUGCUCUGAAAGCUUGAAACUCCUGCAGUGUUUUUGUGUAAGGACAGGCUUCCAGCCAUGUCUACCACAGCAGAUCUGAAGACAAAGGAGGAGAAAGAUGCAGAGCUGGACAGACGUAUUGAAGCUCUGCGGAAGAAAAAUGAGGCUUUAAUGAAAAGACAUCAGGAAAUACAAGAGGACAAAAAGAAGGCUGAACAGGAGGGCAUCGCGGUGACAACCCACCGCAAACCUCGCGCUCAUGAGCCUGAUUCAGAGAGGCGGAAGAUUGAAAAGGAGAACCUGACUGUGACAGUCGACUUGUCUAAACCCAGCGGGGAAAGUCGAGUGGUGAAUGAUAGGCAGCCAGCACCACAUCAUGGUGAGUGUGAAACAGAAGAGGGGUUUGCUGGCCGGCCCUCGCACAGGACAGGAUCUGGGCGGCUGAGCAGAGGUGGUCAGCGUGGAGGUGUUUACCGUUCUGAGAGGAGAGAACCUCGGGAAGAGGAAGGAAUGGGAGGAGGAGGAGGAGGAGGAAGAGAGAACCUUUUCCACAGUGAACGCUCCCGAGGGCGACGAGGUGGAAGAGGGGGAAGAGGAAGCAUGCAGCAGCAGCAGCAACAGCAGCAGGUUGGCCCUGGUUCAGACAGAAAGUCUAAGGAAUGGGAAGAGAAGAGACGGCAGAACAUUGAGAAGAUGAACGAGGAGAUGGAGAAGAUCGCUGAGUAUGAGCGAGGUCAAAGGGCUGAUGGUGAAAAGAACCCUAUUCGGAAUUUUCUGGAUGAUCCACGGCGCAGCGGACCAAUUCAUGAGGCGGAUCGUAAAGAUGGGAGCCGCAGACACGUCCGCAACUGGGGUGGACUAGAUUUUGAAAAUGUUAAAACUGGAGCUGAGGCUGAGAAAGAGUGGACGAAUCGGAGGCCUGGCGGGAAAUGUUCAGUGGAUAUGACUUUGUCGAUGACCGGCAGAGAACGGUCUGAAUAUCUGCGCUGGAAAAAAGAGCGUGCACAGAUAGAUGAAGAGAGGUUGGCUCGUCAUCGUAACGCCACUGGUCAAUGGAGACGAGAGUGGGAUGCCCAGAAAACAGACACAAUGUUCACCGAGGACCCAGCUGUGGCUGAAGAGGGCAUGCCAGAAACAAGCAGCAGGAGAGCAGAUAGGGGGCGUAAUGCCCGUACACAACAGCGCAGUGGGGCUUCAGAUGAUAACAGAAAACCCCCCAAGGCACCAAUGUUGGGCGAUUUCUUGGGGCAGGGUAAACUCAGAGAGCCUGGCCGUGAAGGUAGAGGAAAAGGGAAAGGUCGGGGUCAAGGCAAGAGUUACAGCAUGCAUGAUAACCGGUGGGAAGCAGAAAAAGAGGAGGAAAAAGGAAAAAAGGAAGAACAGGAAAAUGAGAAGACAAAGGAAGAGGAUAAACUCAAAACUCCAGUGGAAAAGAAGCAAAUUGCUGUUGCUGUAGAGAAAUUAGCUGACGAAGAAGAAGAUGCAGAGUGGGAGGAUGCUAGUGAUGGAGAUGAUGAUGAAGAGGAGGUGGUUGAAUGCGAGGAUAAAGAAGAUAAACCCAUUGGAAAAAAACAUAUCUCCCCUCCACCAUCUAGUCCCAGUAUUAAGGAACAAAGGACACCCAGACCCAAAGUGCACAUCCCUACUCCGCAGGAGUCACUCAGUACCCCGGAGGGCACAAAGCCUAUCAGCCCUUUUUCUCCUCUGGACGGCCACCAGCCUGUGUCAGACUGGGGAGAAGAGAUGGAGAUGCUCUCCCCUAAAAGCAGCUUGGGUGAGAGUCCUUUAAGGCCCAGCAGUAACGAAAGCAGUCCAGCUCAGAACAAGAGCCAAGAGGAGGAGGUGCACACCAACAAUGACAUGAACCCACCCAAGCAGUCUGACAAACAGUGCAUUGCUGUAGCAAAUUCAGUUGCCCCUGCAGUCCAGGAAGAAUCAUCACACCAGGCUACUUCUGAAUUUGGCAGCAAUAAUACCACAGAGGCUGUGGAGGAUUCAAACACACAGGAGGAGAAGACAGCAGUUCCUGAUGUAGAGCUGGAUUUAAAACAGUCUGCAAGUGAAAGUGCAGCUCCAGAUGAGUCCACGGAUCAGCCAUGCUCAGAGUAAACUGCAGUAUUUACAAGACUUGUGAUCUUGUGAAAGAAUGGUAAAAGGUGGUGAGAAGACAUGAAGCCUAAUGGAUAUCCACUGCCUGAAAUGAUAGAAGAUGCCAUGCCCUAUGAUGACUUAUCCACAUCUCCAAACAACUCAUUGUGUGGUUUUCUUUGUGUUCUCUCAGCACACAGUACUGAGUACUACUUGCAUUUCAAAAUCUAGGACUGGAAUUUACGAGACUCCUUUAUUUGACACUGUAAACAUCAUGAAGCUCAUUAUAUUGCAAGGCAAAUAAAUUAAAGUAAGUUAGGAGCAGGAGCUGGUUUACAUAACAUAUGGUAAGAGUUCACAUCUCAAACUAGUUCCAAGAUGCUACUUUCGCUUCACGCUGCUUUUAGUCUUUGACGGUGUCGAUCAAAUGCAUGCUGUAAUUGUGCAUGAUACCUAUGCAAACAAAAUGGAAAGGGGCAUUAUAAUUAUCAAAGGUCUUUCUAAAGAUCUGGAUUUUCUUUAUUUUUUAUUUUUUUAUUUUUUUUUGGUCAUGGUUUAGAUUGUAAUUUGCCUGCAAAUAAGGUGCUAGAUAUAUUUGCAUUUAUAAUUUGUGUCUCCAACCGUAUGUGUGUGUGUAUAACGACCAAAGAUGUUUCUUACAUGUUUUGUAGAUGACUUUAGGUCUGAUAAACAAAAUAAUGGACAUUUGAGGCAACAAAGAAUGUGUAUUUCAGUAGAACUAAUCAUGGUUUGGAUUUCUUGCUUUUAAUCUUAUUUUUGUUUUUAUGCUCUCCAGUUUAGUUUUGUUUAGGAUUUUUCAUGAUGUAAAAACAGACAGUUCAGGUCAUUGAGGCUGCUUUAGAAGCACGAGUUUCUACCUUCAAGCAAAUUUAGUAGAAGUAUAUGGAUUGUAAUAAGUUUUUAGAAAAUGGUGUACAUUCCAAUGCUCCUUGUCAUCUUUCAAUGUUUGCACUUAGAAACCUUAUCUUUAACAUUUUAAAACAAAAAAAAGGAUAAAGAAAAUGUGAUAAUUGAAGAGCAGCAAAAUCAUGAAAUUUGUAAUUGUAUUGCAUCUAUCUGCAAAUGAACUCCCCUCGUGUUUACUUUUUUAAUUAGAUCUAGGUUUGCCUAUGUUGGUGUUUGAGCAGUGCACAUGUGGUAGUGUUCUCCCCAGUGAAACACUAUUUUCUCAAUCAUUAUUUUAAGAUUAUGUAUUAAUGCUUUUGCCUUUGUUAUUUUUCAUUUAAAUGAUACAGUCUGAUAUUUACGUUGAAGGUUUUUUUUGGUUUUUUUGGGUUUUAAAUAAAUGUAUAUCUGUCCUUAAAUGCUUUGCUCUACAUGAAUGG